AUGCCAGUAUUAUUAAAAGAACCCCCAGAACAUAUCUACCAUACAAUCCAAAGACAAAAUCUCAACCCAAGGCAAAUCUCGAACAAUGUGGCCAUUACCAGCUCUCAAGAACCAGGCCAUUCCCACGUUUACAGAAAUGCUUAUAACCCUAAGCACUUGUUUGCAACUCCAUACCCUGGAAUCGACACGUUGUAUGAUACUUUUGAAUUAAGUGCUGCGGUAAAUGGUGACAAACCUUGUCUUGGUAGUAGAAUUGAAAAUAGCGACGGCACUUUUGGAGCAUACGAGUUUCAAACAUACAAUGAAAUACGUGAAAGAAGAAACAACCUUGGAUCAGGUAUUUUCUAUGUGUUGGAGAAUAAUCCCUACAAGACUAGCAGCGAUGUUCAUCAAAGAUUGAGGUAUGAUUCAGAUAAGGGCAAAAAUUCAUUUGUACUUACUGUUUACUCACAUAAUCGUCCAGAAUGGGCGUUGUGUGACUUGACUUGUGUUGCCUACUCAAUUACCAAUACUGCGUUGUAUAGUACACUAGGUCCAGAUACGAGUGAAUACAUUUUGGAAUUGACUGAGUCCCCAAUAGUUGUUUGCACAAAAGAUAAAGUUAUUGAUUUAAUCAAAUUAAAGAAGAACAACCCCCAAAAAUUACUGAAUUUGAUUGCUAUCAUCUCCAUGGACAAAUUGGAAAUGGAAGAUAACAGAUUAAAGUCUUUAGCCCAUGAAAACUCAAUUAGUUUGUUUGAUAUUGGGCAAGUUGAAAAAUUAGGGUCAAUCCAUCCGUUGGAACCAAUUCCACCAAAACCUGACGAUGCUUUUACCAUCUCGUUUACUUCUGGUACCACUGGUGCUGCGCCUAAGGGGGUUGUUUUAACCCACAAAAAUUUGGUGUGCGGAGUUACUGCUCACAUUGCUGGGUUUCGUUUGGUGCCAGGACGUGUUCAUUACAGCUUUUUGCCUUUGGCUCACAUAUACGAGAGAGUGUUUCUUCAAUUUGGCUUAUUAUCUGGUAUGAAAAUUGGUUACCCACAAGGUCCACUGCCAACAACUUUGUUGGAGGACAUUAAGGUAUUAGAACCAACAUUUUUGUGCUUGGUGCCAAGGGUUUUUACAAAGUUGGAGGCAGCAAUUAAAGCCCAAACAGUGGAAAGUGACAAGCCGUUGAUGAGGUAUUUGUUUACAAAUGCCAUUAAUAAUAAAUUAGAGUUGCAACAACAAGAAGAACACGUAAAUCCUAGCAAUUUAGCUUACGAUUGGUUGUUGAACAUGUUAAGGAAAAAAAUAGGUAUGAAAAAUGUAGAGUUUUUUGUUACAGGGUCUGCACCACUUGCAGAGGAAACUUAUUUCUUCUUGAGGGCAGCUUUGAAUUUACCACUCGGAUUCCACUCAGGAUAUGGAUUAACCGAAAGUGUUAGUGGUUGCUCAGUAUCUCCUGGCCAUGCCAACAAAUUCUCAUCGGGGCCAAUGGGUAUGUCAACUGAAAUGCGAUUGAGAGACAUUCCAGAAAUGGGAUACUUUGCUAAAGAUGAAGUGGGUCCUCGUGGAGAAUUGUUAUUAAGAGGACCUCAAAUUUUCCCUCAUUAUUACAAAAACCCUGAGGAAACAGCCAAGACUUUUGAUGAAAAUGGCUGGUUCUGCACUGGUGAUGUUGCACACAUUGAUGCAACCACUGGAAGAAUCAAUAUUAUUGAUAGGGUGAAAAACUUUUUCAAAUUGGCACAAGGGGAAUAUGUAAGUCCAGAAAAGAUCGAAGGGUUGUAUUUGGCACAGUUCCCUUAUAUCUCGCAAUUGUUUGUUCAUGGUAAUUCAUUACAAACAUAUCUUGUUGGUGUUGUAGGGCUAGACCCAACAACUAUUGCCAGUUACAUUAAGAAGAGAUUCCAUGAUAAGAUUGAAAAAGAGGAAGAUAUUAUUCAGUUUUUGAACUCCCCCCAGAAUAAAAAAAUCAUGUUACAGGAUAUGAACAAGGUCAUUGCUAAAGAGUUGCAAGGAUUUGAAAAAUUGCAUAAUAUCACAGUGUCUUUUGAACCCUUGACAAUUGAAAAGGGUGUUAUCACACCAACAAUGAAAAUCAGAAGACCAAUUGCUGCAAAAUACUUCCAAAAUGAAAUUGAUCAAAUGUACGAAGAAGGUUCUUUGGUAAAAAAUGGAGGUUUAUAG